AUGUCUAUGUUAUUCCGGUUUUCAGGGGUGAAAUAUUCCAGUUGCUGGUGUCCCCUGCUCUGUCCUGCUCUGGACCUGCCUUACUGUCCCAAAUCUGCCCUGCCUGUGCUCACCGCUCGCUGGCCGGCCCUCACCAUGGCCACUGCGGGCCUGGGGCUGUGGAAGCUGCUGCGUGGUGUCCGGCAGCUGGAACUCCACCGCCUUAUUCUGGCACUCAUCAUCUUCUGCUUGCUGUCCAUGGCCUUCUUGGCUUAUUACAUUUCAAACAAUCCUAAAAUUAAAGAGGCCCCGCCAUUACCAUUUAGUGACUGUGGAGGUGCAGGGAUGGCGCCUGGCUCAAGUACAGGAGCAGCGGGCUGGGCCCCGGGUGUUCAGAGGGCCCCUCUGUUUAUACCUGGGCGUCUGGGUCAGCAGAGGCAAGUGAAGGCCUUAGAUAUCUCUAGAACUGAGCCAGUGAUUCUGGUUUUUGUAGAAAGCAUCUAUUCUCAGCUUGGUCAGGAGAUUAUUGCCAUCCUCGAAUCCAGCCGCUUUCGGUAUCAGACGGAGAUAGCGCCUGGUAAGGGAGGCAUGCCGACACUUACAGAGCAAAAUAAGGGCCGCUAUGCCCUUAUCAUCUAUGAAAAUCUGCUGAAAUACGUCAAUUUAGAUGCAUGGAAUCGAGAUCUCCUGGACAAGUACUGCUCAGAGUAUGGUGUGGGGGUUAUUGGUUUCUAUAAGGCCAAUGAAAACUCUCUUCUGAGUGCACAGCUCAAAGGUUUUCCACUUUUUUUGCAUUCUCACUUGGGACUUCGAGACUAUCGCAUAAAUCCAAGUGCCCCUCUGCUCUAUAUAACCAAACCAAACCAGGUGGAGCAGGGCCCGUUGCCUGGAGACGACUGGACCAUCUUUCAGUCCAACCAUUCCACAUAUGAGCCCGUGCUUGUGGCCAGUACAAAGUCCUCUGUGUCCAUGGUACACUUUGUUGCAAGUUCGUCACGGCCGACCCAUGCCACAGUGGUGCAGGACCUGGGACUCCAUGACGGGAUCCAGCGAGUUCUGUUUGGAAACAAUCUGAGCUAUUGGCUGCAUAAGCUCGUGUUUGUGGAUGCCAUUGCUUACUUGACUGGCAGAAGACUUUGUCUGUCUUUAGACCGCCACAUUCUAGUCGACGUGGAUGAUAUAUUUGUGGGUAAAGAAGGAACGCGCAUGAAGGUCUCUGAUGUGGAGGCAUUGCUCAACACUCAACAUAAGCUUCGUGCAUUGGUUCCAAACUUCACCUUCAACUUGGGUUUUUCUGGAAAGUUCUACCACACAGGGACUGAUGAGGAGGACCGGGGCGACGACAUGCUGCUGGAGCACAGGAUGGACUUCUGGUGGUUUCCUCACAUGUGGAGUCACAUGCAGCCACACCUCUUCCACAAUGUCAGCGUGCUCGCCGAGCAGAUGAGGCUCAACAAAGUCUUUGCUCAGGAACACGGUAUUCCCAUUGACAUGGGAUAUGCUGUAGCACCUCAUCAUUCAGGGGUGUAUCCUGUUCACACUCAGCUCUAUGACGCCUGGAAAUCUGUAUGGGACAUUAAAGUAACCAGCACAGAGGAAUACCCCCACCUCCGGCCUGCACGUUACCGGCGGGGCUUUAUCCACAAUGGGAUCCAGGUUUUGCCUCGGCAGACAUGUGGAUUGUUUACUCACACCAUUUUCUAUAACGAGUAUCCCGGAGGUUCAAAGGAAUUGGACAAGAGUAUCCGAGGAGGAGAACUUUUCCUCACAGUUUUGCUUAAUCCUAUCAGCAUUUUCAUGACUCACCUGUCGAACUAUGGAAAUGAUCGCCUUGGCUUGUACACCUUUGAGUCUCUAGUCAAGUUUGUACAAUGCUGGACCAACUUAAAGCUACAGACUUUGCCCCCAGCACCACUCGCUGAGAAAUACUUCCAAAUCUUCCCAGAAGAGCAAGACCCUCUGUGGCAGAAUCCUUGCCAUGACAAACGGCAUAAAGACAUCUGGUCCAAAGAGAAAACGUGUGACCGAUUGCCCCGUUUCCUCAUAGUUGGACCUCAAAAAACAGGCUCUACUGCACUUCAUUCAUUCCUGAGCCUUCACCCAGCCAUCACCAGUUCUUUUCCUAGUUCUACUACCUUUGAGGAGAUUCAGUUCUUCAGUGGAUCCAAUUAUAACAAUGGCAUUGAUUGGUACAUGGACUUCUUCCCAUUACCAUCAAACGUGAGCACUGACUUCAUGUUUGAGAAGAGUGCAAACUAUUUUGACACUGAGGUAGCCCCUAAAAGAGCAGCUGCCCUCCUGCCCAGGGCCAAAGUAUUAGCCAUUCUAAUCCACCCAGCGGACAGGGCCUACUCCUGGUACCAGCACCAGAGAGCUCACCAAGACCCUGCAGCUCUAAAUAACACAUUCCAUACAGUGGUGACGGCGAGUGCCUCUGCCCCCAGAGACCUGCUGGCCCUUCAGAGACGCUGCCUUAUUCCCGGAGUAUAUGCCAUUCACCUUGAACGCUGGCUGCAAUACUACCAGCCCUCCCAGUUGCAUAUUGUGGAUGGCGCGCUGCUUCGGUCCAACCCUGCCUUGGUGAUGGAGGGGGUCCAGAGGUUCCUUGGAGUUACGCCGGUUUUCAACUACACACAAGCUCUCAUAUACGAUGACUCCAAAGGUUUCUGGUGCCAACGACUGGAUGGAGGUCGCACUAAAUGUCUUGGUAAAAGUAAAGGCAGGAAGUACACAGACAUGAGCGCUGAGACUCGUUCAUAUCUAUCAGAAUACUAUCACGAACACAAUGUGGAGCUACUCCGUCUGUUGAACCGUCUGGGCCAACCGCUGCCCUCCUGGCUCCGACAAGACCUUCAGAGCACGAGCUGGAGCUGA